AUGUCUGGUUGUAACCUCUUCUCUCCUUUCCUCCGCCGAUCAGCGCCUUGGACGUGCCGAGCAUGUCUGCGAAGGCAAGCCCUCUCGCCGCAGCGGAAUGCCUUUUCGACUAAGCUGCCUAAACCAAUUGUAAGGAGCAAAAGAAGACGGAGGUUGUUGCUUGCCACAGGAGGACUCGGUAUUACUACUGCAGCCGUCACCUUGAAUGACGAUGCAAAGCACGUAUUUACGGCUAUACAAAGAAGUAGCAGAGUGGUCUCAACACUCUUUAUAAACAUAAAUGACUACCGAAGAACACUUCAACGCGAUAGUGAGGAAGGCUACAGCGACCUACUUAAAGCCUGCCACCUACGAUGCGCCAAACGAACCCUCGUCACGCUUGAAAGGAACGGAUCCAUAUUCAUAAAGCUGGGACAGCAUCUCAGCAGCUUGAACUAUCUCCUACCGAGCGAGUGGUGCGAUACGUUCAUCCCUCUACAGGAUAAAUGUCCGGUUUCAUCGUAUGAGUCGAUAGAAGAGAUGGUGUUGGAGGAUACAGGACACAACCUGUCGGAAUACUUUUCCGAGUUCGAAGAAAGGCCGAUAGGUGCUGCUUCGCUAGCACAGGUACAUCGCGCCGUGGUGAAGGGAACAGGGCAGAAGGUCGCCGUGAAGGUACAACACCCGGCGCUGGACGAGUGGGCGAAAUUGGACCUAGCAUUGACCAGAUUCACGUUCGAGACGCUGAAGAGGUGGUUUCCAGAAUACGACCUGACUUGGUUAUCGGAGGAGAUGGAGAUUUCCCUCCCACAGGAGUUGGACUUUUACCGAGAAGGCCAGAAUGCUAUUCGAGCGCGGAAUUAUUUCGAAGAAGUGCGGGAUGCGCCUGUCAUAAUACCACAAGUCAUCUGGGCAAGACGCCGCAUCUUGGUGAUGGAAUAUGUGAGCGGCCAUCGACCAGACGAUCUUGAGUAUCUGGACUCUCAUGGCAUUGACCGAGACGAAGUGUCUGCUGCUCUGGCCCGCAUCUUCAAUGAAAUGAUCUUCGGAACUAAUGCCCCACUUCAUUGCGAUCCCCAUGGUGGAAACAUCGCCAUUAGACACAACCCUUCUCGACCAGGGAAGGGCAAUUUCGACGUCAUAAUGUAUGACCACGGCCUGUAUCGCGACAUCCCAAUUGAACUACGGCGGUCAUAUGCUAAGCUGUGGCUUGCCGUUCUAGAUGCAGACGAGCCCAGAAUGAGGAAAUAUGCUCACGAGGUGGCUGGCAUUGGCGACGAGCAUUUUCCUCUUUUUGCUAGCGCGAUCACUGGGAGGGACUAUAGUGUAGUGAAACAGAACGUGGCUAUACCGAGGAGCAGGCAGGAGAAGGAUAGCAUCUCAGAAGCAUUGGGGGAUGGGAUGCUGGCGGAGCUGGUCCAAUUGCUCGGUCAAGUCCCGAGAGUGAUUCUCCUGAUCCUUAAGACGAACGAUCUGACUCGAUCUCUUGAUGAGAAUCUUCAUACUCGACAAGGCCCUGCCCGCGCCUUCCUUAUCCUAGCCCGCUAUGCGUCCCGGACUGUGUACGAAGAGCAAAUGGAGCAUCUGACUGGGAGUCUCAUCUGGCCCCCUAACCUAUUCGCCUUCCUGCGAGCAUGGAGCAAGCACAUGAGAGUUGAGCUAAAGCUCAGCGCCUACGAAACCUAUCUCUCCAUGCGAGCGCUCCUUGGGAUGGGCCCUAUAGUCUAG